AUGGACAUCACAAAGAUGAGCAAGAUGGGCUGGUCUCCUUUUCUCCAAGCCAUGAACAGCACCGCCCAACCACUGAACUCUUCCUCAUCAUUCCCCGGAAUAAUGGACACUUUUCUUGUUUCCGCAGGCCAAGCAUCGCCUCUGCUCCAGCUCUUCCUAUUCGUCUACCGCUUCGUGGGCGCUCAGUUGGGUCUUGACCCAUCUAUCCUCCUCACCCUUCUCGGUUGUAUCUGGGGCUUGUCCAAACUCUUUGAUCAGCUAUAUGCAGCGAUCGAUAACUUUGUUCACACGUAUUUCAGGUGUACCAUAUACGUUAGCGAGAAUGAUCAGAUCUAUUCUACGCUCAUGCAGUUCCUGUCGGAGCAGCAAGACAUUGCAUCUAAUCGUCAUCUCACAGCCCAGACCGUCUUCAAGAGUGCUUGGGACGAGGAAGAAGAUCAAGCAGAUGUGCUAGCCACAAAUACUGUCGAAGACGGUGAAGAUUCGCCCAAGUAUCUCAACUUUGCCAGCGACGCAGCUAGAUGUAACCCACGAUACGUCCCAGCCAUGGGCACGACAGGGUUUUGGCACGACAGAACGUACUUUCGGGUCAACCGGAAGAGAGAGUCUCUACAAAACCCUAUCAAGCAACUUCUUGCAGAUGCAAAAACAGCCUAUUUCCUCGACACUCGCCACAAGACCACCAUCUACCGCCCCAGAAUAAAAGAAAGCCGCCGUGAUGCUUGGAGCAUGUGGCAGCAAGUUGCCCGGAGACCCAUCAGACCAAUGAGAACUGUGAUUCUCGAACAUGAAGAGAAGCACGACGUUUUGCGAGACAUCAACGAGUAUUUGCACCCCGGAACUCCUAAGUGGUAUGCUUCUCGAGGUAUUCCUCUCCGCCGUGGUUAUCUCUUUCACGGACCACCCGGCACUGGCAAGACAAGCUUUUCGUUCGCAUUGGCUGGCGUUUUCGGCAUAGAUAUCUAUGUCAUCAGUCUUCAAGAUCCUACCGUCAGCGAAGAGGAUCUGGCUGUCUUGUUCACCAGACUUCCUCGCCGAUGUGUUGUCCUUCUGGAAGACAUCGACACUGCUGGCCUUCGUCGCCCCAACGGUGAAGAAGACGAAGAGGAGAACGAAGACGCUACCGGAGAAAAGAGCAGCGAUGUCAAAGGCAAGAAGCCAGAAAAAGCGGAGAAGAAAGAAAAGAAGAAAUCCAAAAAGGCCAAAGACUCCUCCGACAGCGAUACCGACAGCUCUGAGGAGGACAGAAAGAGACGCAGAAAGCGAAGACGAAACAGAAGAGACAGAGAAAAUACUAGCAACAGGGGUACUAAUAACAUCUUGACUGUGGAAAGUAUUUCACUUUCUGGACUUCUCAACGCCAUCGACGGUGUUGCUUCGCACGAAGGUCGUAUCCUCAUCAUGACCACCAACAAGCCCGAGUCACUCGACGAGGCUCUCAUUCGACCGGGGCGAGUCGAUGUGCAAGUUGGGUUCAAGAACGCAACCAGCGCACAGGCAUCGGAGCUCUUUUACCGGAUGUACGAGAUGUCGCGUAACAAGCCAGUCCCAAUGUCCAAGACCAAGCCUGCCGCAUCCAAGGCACAGAAUGGCAGUAUCCACAGUCUCGUGGAUAACAAAGGAAAAGAGACCACUCUGUCGAUCGAAGAACUCAAGGAGAUCUCGCAGGAGUUUGGCCAACUGAUCCCAGAGGGCAUGUUCUCGCCUGCGGAGAUUCAGGGGUUCUUGCUCAAGCGCAAGAAGAGUCCUCGAAAGGCUCUUGAGGAUGCUUCUGGCUGGAUCGAGGCUACUGUGAAACAGAAAGAGCUGAAGUCCAAGGUCGUUACUGUCCAGUAG